AUGAAUGACCAAACUUUCAAUUAUCAGACCUCACAAAGGUUCAGCAGUGCAUCCUUUGGAACUUCUCAAGUCAGCAUUGAGAGGCCUGCAAAACAGCCGAAGACUUCUCAACAUGCUUCUCCUUCUUCCUCAUCUGAUACUAUAUCUUUUCACAACUCUAAUUCACCUCCAGCUACUACUUCUCAACGGAUCUAUGGCCUGGGAAACUCAACUCUAGCUCCUAAGAAUGAUGUAGGAUCUGAUGGAUAUAUAAAUUACGAAAUGAUACAGCAUGUUAUGAGCAAGGUAGCAAAAAAGAUUUCUGCAAUAAUGAGUAGGUCUGCUUUACGUGGACAAGACCAUGUACUGGCGGAAAGAAAGCGUCGCGAAAUGCUCAGCCAGAGAUUCAUUGCUCUUUCAGCUGUUGUUCCUGGCCUAAAGAAGGUCAGUGAUGAUGAGGAUUCAUCUUCGACUGAUGUGAACUCUGACGGCUGCUGCGACCAACCACUUCCAGAAAUCGAAACAAGAGUUUCGGAUAAGGAUGUUCUUAUUAGAAUCCAUUGCGAGAAGCAGAAAGAAUGCCUGACGAAAAUACUUAGCGAAAUCGAAAAGCUUCACCUGAAUGUCAUCAACAGCUCGACCUUGUCCUUCGGAAACUACACCCUAGAUGUAACUGUUGCUGCUGAGGAUAUAGCAGCUGCAUCAACAAUUGGCCUUCUUUGGCAGCCGCUGCAGGUUUAG